ACAAAAUGUAAACAAAAUGUUGUGCAAAAGAGCUCUUGCUGGAUCGUGCAAUAAAUCAGACAUAUGCCAUCAGUUAACAGAUCAAAUAUUUACAUAUAUAAUCCCUGUGAUCUCCCAGAGCUGUUUUGGUGGCACAUGGAGAACCUACAUUAGGCAGGUGGUAUUAAUGUUAUUUCUGAUCCGUGUACUUUCCAAAGUGGAUUUAAUGGAUGUAUGGUGUGUAUAAACUGCAAAUGUCAAAAUUGAGCGUCAAGGCAUAAUUCAAAGGCUUAAAUUCUAACAAAUUUUACUUAGUUGCCAAUUCUGCGGUAUACAUAAACAAGGCACCGAGAUGUUUUAUUAGCUUCAAAAAGCCUUCUCUUUGCUGAGGCGUCGCUCCUGUCCAGUAGAUGGCAGUGAAGUGUCAAGUGUGUGCAUUGUGACUGGCAGAAGAAGUGACCUUUUCGUGUGCAUUCAUAUAACACUGCAAAUAGUCAGUGUGUUUGUACGGAUACAUAUAAUUUUCAGUUAUUUUCUCAGUAAUAGCGCAUCAUGUUUGCAGCUAGAGGAAUUUUGCGGCUUGCACAGCGGUUGGCCGGGGUUGGUGUGUCUCGGCGGGGAUGUGCUGGUGCAGUUCCCGUGGACGACAUCGUAAAUGGACUUACAGACGAGCAGAUCCAGCUCAGACAGACGGUUCAGCGGUUCUGUCAGGAGAAGCUUGCUCCCUAUGCUGAUGAAAUAGACAAGGCGAACGAGUUUCCGCGCCUGAGAGACUUUUGGAAAGAGGCAGGUGAACUUGGAUUGCUUGGCAUCACAGCUCCAGUGGAGUAUGGUGGCACAGGACUGGGCUAUCUUGAUCAUGUAAUUGUGAUGGAGGAGAUAUCACGGGUGUCAGCAGCUAUAGCGCUAAGCUACGGCGCACAUUCUAACCUCUGUGUCAAUCAGCUUGUGCGUCAUGGCAACCAGAAACAGAAAGAGAAAUAUCUCCCGAAGUUAAUUACAGGAGAACAUGUGGGUGCCCUGGCCAUGAGUGAGCCCAACUCUGGCUCUGAUGUAGUAUCCAUGAAGAUGACAGCGAAGAAAGAGGGUGACCACUACGUGUUGAACGGUAAUAAGUUCUGGAUUACGAACGGACCCGAUGCGGACGUUCUGAUUGUGUAUGCAAAGACAGACGUCGACGCGGUCGCACGUGGAAUCUCGGCGUUCAUCGUGGAAAAGGGAACGCCUGGUUUCAGUACAGCGCAGAAGCUGGAUAAGCUGGGAAUGAGAGGCUCCAACACGUGUGAGCUCAUCUUUGAAGACUGCAGAGUUCCAGAGAAGAACAUGUUGGGACCGGUGAACAAAGGUGUGUACGUACUGAUGAGUGGACUUGACCUGGAGAGGCUUGUGCUCUCAGCCGGGCCUAUUGGCAUUAUGCAGGCUGUGCUUGACCACGCUAUUCCUUAUCUGCAUGUCCGAGAAGCAUUUGGCCAGAAGAUCGGCCACUUCCAGCUGAUGCAAGGAAAGAUGGCCGACAUGUACACACGACUCGGUGCAUGCCGCCAGUACGUGUAUAACGUAGCCCGUGCGUGUGACAAAGGCCAUUUCAGCGGCAUGGACUGUGCUGGGGUAAUCCUUUAUUGUGCUGAGAACGCGACUCAGGUUGCCUUGGACGGGAUUCAGUGCCUGGGUGGAAACGGUUAUGUCAACGAUUACCCGAUGGGCCGCUUCCUGCGAGACGCUAAGCUCUACGAGAUCGGCGCAGGUACCAGUGAGGUCCGAAGGAUGGUUAUUGGCAGAGCCUUCAACUCCAUGUUUAAAUAAGACUGCAAUCCAGAAAAGAGUUGUUACGAGAGAUCUGUUUGAUGCCUUUCACUGAUUUCUAUUAUAUUACAGUAUAUGCACAGAAUACUUGCAUAAGGAGGAAAAAAAACUUGUCAGAUGGAUACUUUUUAAUGGUGCUGUACAACAGAACAGAAAAUGAAGAGAUAAGCAUAUGCAUUUAGUUUCAGUAGGUGAAUCUUGGUGAGCAAUUAAUAGUCUGUGUUGACAGUCUUAGCAAAGCUAAAACGUGAAAAAUCUGUUUUCUAUAAAGCAGACUCAUAAUAUUUACUCUUCAAUGCUCGCUACUGCAGUUUAGGGAGGAAAAACACUAUAAUAAUGUGAAAGGAGUUUCUCUUUUUUUUUUUUUUUUUGUCUGUACACCUCGUGUAAUUCUGUAGUAUACAGAGACCUGUGUAUAAAAGAAAUCAAUUGUUAAUGGUGUCUUUCCAAUAUAAUUGCCUGUUGCAAAGUAUUUUGUAUGCCUUGUAUUCUUAACGAAAUUAAGUCAAAUAGGCUACUAUAUUUUGGCAAAUCAAGGUUUUGUUCAUUGAAAUGUGCUUUUAAAGCAUAAUUAAUACUGCAUUAAUUAUAGCUCAAAUUAAAAUAAUAUUUCAAAUGCAUGAUGGCAAUAUUUAUUUGUUCAUAUGUAUAUACACAGCCUCGGUUCUAAGAUUCUGGUCCAUGAUUGCAUCACAUAAUUGUUGGAGAUUUGUCAGCUGCACAUUUGUCUUGUGAAUCUCCCAUUCUACCACAUCCCCAAGGUACUGUUUUGGAUACAGAUCUGGUGUCUGGGGAAACCAUUCAAGUACACUGAGCUCAUGGUCAUGUUCAUGGAACCAAUUUGAGACAUAACUGCUUUGUUACAAUUAUGCUGGCAGUAGAAUUUAGGAAAUGCACAAAUUGUGGGCUUAGGGGGAUGCGUGUGAUCAGAUACAAUACUCGGCUAAUCUGCAGUGCAGGUUGAAUUUACGCUAUUAAUGCCCAAUUCUGACUUGAGAAAUCAAAUUAAGUAAUCAAGAGUCAUUAGAUCUGGCAAUGUUUUUCCAGUCUUCUAGAGUGUUUCCUGUUUCUGUUUGCAUCUGCACACAGUUUCCUAUAUUUUGUGACAGCAGUAAAAACCUGAUGUGGUUGUUCAUUUAAAGAUUUUACUUCCUGUUCACCACGGUUGUAAAGAAUGGCUAUUUAAGUUGCUGUAGCCUUUAGUGCCAGCUCAUACUUGCUUGACUAUUCCCCUGUGACCUUUCUUUUUCAAUACAGACGGCCACUGGAUGUUUUGGUUUUCUAUACAUGUGGUUUGGAAAUAAUCAAACGAGUCUGUCUGGCGCUAAUAACCGUGUCAUAUUUCUAGCAAUUAUCAGUUUGGAAAUGCUCCCAAAAAUAACUAAUUAAAGAAUCUGUGUGUUUUUCCAGUUGAUUUAAAAAUAAAAUUAAAAAUCCAUAUCUGUAUAAAAUAAAAGUGGCUUUGUCAUUA